AUGAUGUCUCGUCGAUACCACAGAGAGUCGGAAGAGCGCUACUACAAGCGCAAGGUCGUACGCCGCCGAGAACGACGACGUUCCCUCGGCGGUUACGAUGAUUACGAUAGUGACGGAUAUGACAGUCACCAUGAAGAUCAUGAUCAUGAUCAUGAUCACGGGUCUGACAAUCGCGACUUUUACAAAAGUCGAAGACCCGGUAACGGACAUGUCGCCAAAAAGGACAAGGAGGAAGAACCAUUAGGGCCACAAAUGGUCUGCUUCUACCCUCCUACGCCAACCGCCAUGCCAAUCGCCAUGACAAACGCUAUUUUCAAUGGCUGCCGGGUGAGUCCAUGCACCACAGAGGUUCCCGGCUGGAAACAUGUGCUUGCUCCUCCAUGCAUCAACGGCCAAUACCUCUAUGGUCCGCCUCCGCCUGAAGAACCCAAGCCCUUCACCCUCACGGUAAUUGAUAAGACUGAGGGUUCAAGAUGGCACCGUUAUGGAGAGACGUAUGAUAUUGAAGUCUCGCCCCAGGCCCGCGCCCACGAUAUUGUCUCUUGGAUCUUAUCCCGUGAUGAGGAAGUAAAGAAUAACGAAGUGUUUGUGCGAUGGACUACCGGAACCAUUGAGGAACCUCUGGAGUAUGAUGUCAGUUUGGAUGAGCUGAGGAAAGACUGCCGGCAUCUCAUUGUCAAGGAAAAAGAGCAUAGCCAUGGGCACGGUCACGGCCACGAUCACGAUCACGAUCACAGUCACAGUCACGGCCACAGUCACAACCAGGGCCAUAGUCACCGCCAUCGUCACCCCUAA